AUGGCGAGCGAAGUUACUGAUAUCCGACGGACUGCCUUUAUUAUAGCAGUCAACUCUGCGUUACAAGUGCUACGCGAUAGCUACAGUCUCGAUCGGGAAGGGGACCGUAGGUUCCUAGGCGCCGAGGAUCGUGAAGUAGUCCACGAGGGGGGGUUCGUGGCGGCGAGGCGGCUAGCGAAUCGACUACUGAAACGGGGUCAGGCGGUCGGUAGGAUGUACCUAUCACCUAACACACUGAACAGACGGCUCCAGUACCACCCCACCCCUUCUACAAUCGACUCCUCCUCGUCUCCCUACGGCCGGUUCCCCGUACCUAACGACCCCUUCCGCUUCAUCCCUUGCACCCACACGAGUCUGCCGCCCGAUCUCGAAGAUGCUGAACCGGAGCGCAGCUGGGCCGCGCUGUUUGACCCCAAUCCGGAACACUGGAGCUGGGGGAACUCUAGCGCUGGAGGGAGUAGAGAGGAAGACGGAGACCCGUAUGCCGGGCGGGGCAUCUAUCUCUGCGGCUACCUCGAUGUCCCAUUAGACUACACCAAUCGGUUAGACAAGCGCAUUGCCCGGCUAGCAAUCAACAAAUUUCAAGUCUCGGGCCUGGCCCGCCAAGACUCUCCCAACUCGGUCGCCGGAAAGAAGAGUGAGCGCACCAUCGUGUUAGAGCCCGGUGGACCUGGUGAAAGCGGCACAGCGACCAUAUGGCGCUCAGCUGAGAUGUUCACCAACCGGUUCAGUGAUGGAAAGUUUGACGUGUUGGGAUUUGAUCCGCGAGGCGUCAACAUCUCGCUCCCUGCUGUAUCCUGUUUCCCGUACAAUGCGGACCGAGACCGCUGGUCGAUGCUCACGCGGCAGUUCUACGAAGUAUUGGCUUCACCGAGGGCGCAGCUUGAGAUCGCGGAUGCUAUGAAUAAUGCCACGUUCCGCGCUUGCUGGGAGAAGCAUGGUGAUCUAGGGCGAUUCGUAAGUACGGCUUUUGUGGCGCGCGACAUGGAGGAGAUUCGCAAGGCGCUCGGCGAGGAUGACUUGACCGGGUAUUUGGUGAGUUAUGGCACGGGCAUUGGGCAGACGUAUGCGAAUAUGUUUCCAGACAGUGUUGGGAGGAUGAUUUUGGACGGGACGGAGUAUGUGCGUGACCACCGCCUGCUGGGUGGCUUCGGCUGGACUGCGUUGGACAACGGCACGGAUGCUUGGCAUGAUGGCUUUUUGGGCGAGUGUCUCCAUGCCGGGCUGGAGCAUUGUGCUUUGGCGAAGCCCAGACAGGGUAAAUCUGUGACGGUUCGGGAACUAGAAGAUCGCAUGAAAAACUUGCUCAAUUCACUCAUUUCCCGCCCCGUUUCCGGCUACAGCGAGGAGAGCGGCCCGUCACUGGUUACCUACUCCGCCGUUGUCUCAGCGAUUUUUGGGGCCAUGUACAAUGCUGUCAGUUGGCCAGCGCUCGCACAAAUGUUAUAUGAGCUGGAGGACGGGAACUCGACGCUUGCUACGAUCAUGCUAGAAAAGGAGGCAUGGGAGUACGACCCGACACUUCCUACGCCACCAUCUCCCAGACCUUUUACGGACGAGCUCACAUAUCUCGUCGUGUGUGCUGAUUCCUACGAUGCACCUCAGCCAGAAGGCCUUGACUGGUGGGAGGAGCUUUGGACCAACAUGACGACGCGAUCGUGGGUGGCCGGCAAUCAGCGAUUCGAGGUUGUGUUCCCUUGCCGACACUUCAAUACGUAUUGGCCACAACCCGCCGAAGUGUAUCGUGGUGACUUGAACAACACCUUAAGGAAUCCGGUUUUAUUGAUUGCAGAGACAUAUGAUCCCGCAACACCGCUACGGAACGGGAGGCGGCUACUUGACGAGAUGGGUAAGAAUGCACGAUUGAUUGAGCAUCAUGGAUAUGGACAUUGUUCUCGAGAUACGUCUGACUGCACCGACUCCAUUGCGAAGACUUUCAUCAUGAAUGGCACGCUACCUCAUGAACAGACCACGACGUGCUUUGCGAACGAGAAGCCCUACCUUUAUGGAACAGCGGCCAAGGGAAGAUCGACAGCUUUUUCUGCAAAGGUUGAGGCGUGGGACCCCGUCGCUAUGUGGGAAGAGCACCUUCGAGAGUUGUCGAAGUCAAGCUCGAGGCUUCUACCGAGGCCUUAA